AUGGUAGAGCAACCCGCAAACGUGGAUGCCGCCGUGAAUACCCCAGUUGUGGUUGAUUCAAACGAUGAUGGAACAGUCGCCCAGGAACUGGAAUUAGAGCAUAUGAGGAGUACAUUGGAAGAGGCGAUUGUGGAAACGCGCAGUACGCCUCUGGAAAAUCGACCGCGACUUCCCCGCAUAGCCCUAAGCAAGCGGAAUCGGGCUGUCGUGAGGGCUCUGAACCCAAUGCUGGUGACCUAUUUGGAAGCCAGCCGGGACCUUUGCGAGACGGAUUCAAUUCUUUUUGGCGCCGCGCUGGCAGUCUGCCGUAUCAUAGGCGCCAAGGUUUCCACGGCUGGACGCGCUACUGGCCAUAGUAGCGCUAUCCCAGCAUGGAGAAGAAGAAUUGAGGAACGUAUCGCAAAGGCUAGAGCUCUCAUCGGCAGACUGAUAUGCUUCAGAUCAGGCAACAACAGGCCAAGAAUUGUGCGCACCGUCAGGAUGGCGUUUGCUGGGACAAAUGUCAGUUUGUCCCAGCCGGAUAUAACGCAAAAACUGACGGAGCGCAUAGAUGCUCUGAAGCAGAGAUCGCUGCUUGGGGAAAGCGGAUUCGGCAAUAUACCGAGAGGUCGACACGGUUCAACCAGAAUCGUCUCUUCCAGAGUGAUCAGAAGAGGCUCUAUGAAUCAUUGGAGCGACCAAUGGUAA